UUUUUGAGAGUGCAUCUGACUAUACUUAUGAAAAAUGGCACCGAAAAAGAAGGCCAAGCCAGAGUCUUCCAAGAAACCAACGCCACCGCAGCCGCUUGAAUGGCCUCCAUUUACCCCAUUAAUCCCAGAGUUGGACAUUUCACUACAGGAACUUCUCCCCGGUCAGAUCAUCACCAUCUCAAAUUUCUGGACGGCAAGCCUAUGCAAGACCUAUGUCUCGUUCCUCUCCUCGCUGCCUCUAACAACAACCCCUGGCAAGCCCAAGAAAGGUGAUGCGGUGCGCGUAAACGAUCGCUUCCAGAUCGAUGACCCAGCGUUUGCGGAGAGACUAUGGAGCGAAACGGCACUGAAGAAUCUCAUCCUUGGCGGCAAUGAGGACGGUAGUCUAGGCUUAGAUGAUGUUCGACAGAAGGAGCUGUGGGGCGGCGAAGCGAUCGGACUGAACCCUAAUAUUCGUAUCUAUCGAUAUACGAAGGGUCAAUUCUUUGGUCAGCAUUUUGAUGACUCUAAUAAUGUUGUGAUUCAUGGUUCAAUCCCUGCGCGGACCACAUGGACCUUGCUGCUGUAUUUAUCGUCACCGACCACGGGAUGCAUUGGGGGUGAGACGGUCUUUUACCCCGACCCUGAGCCCGCAAAGAAGAAGAGGAAGGAUAAGGCCCCUGAACCUUUUGUAGUUGGACUUGAGGUAGGCCUUGCUUUGCUGCAUCGACAUGGUGCAGAUUGCAUGCUUCAUGAAGGGCGUGAGGUGCUCGAUGGUGAGAAAUGGGUUAUCAGGAGUGAUCUUUGCGUCCGGCGGUAGCAGACCACUGGGAUUUCGCCCCGUUUUACAGUAUCUCUGCACCAUCGGGUCUUCGCUAGUAGUUGCGGGAUCCGUGUGGUGAUGGAUUACUUGAUUCCCAGGCCCCACCGUUUAGUUUGUAUCGGUUUCGGAUUUCAGGUGGCCACACAGGAGCUCCGGCAAUGAUUGACUACGGGUUUAAUUUCGGGCGAGGACCAAAGCACAUAUGUCUUCGCUUUUACAGACUUACAGUUAUCCGCUCUUUGCUAUUCAUUUAGCAUAUCAUGCCCUCAACUUGCCUCAGUCACACCGGGAUGU